CACUUGAUGGUGAUUGUGUAGGGUUUUAGUAGCAUAAUGGGGAAUGGGGUUGUGAACACUGCUGAUGCUGGCUAUUGUUCAGUCAGUCAGUCAUGGAUCUGUAGCAGGAUGAGAUCAUGCUUUCUGUGUCCUGAGGUCUAACAGUGAUGUGAAUAGAGUCUGACAAGCAUCUCUGCAACUCAAGGAGAGACUGGUGAUGUGCAAUAAGGGGAUUGUUUGCUCUGAGUGAUGAUAAUCAGUUAAUGGGGGGUUGGUCAUAAAUGGGUUUAAAUGUGUCAUCAGUGAGAUGUAUUAUUAUUAUUAUGAUUUUUUAAAUGUAUUAUUAUUGUAGCUUUUUUAUGGCUUCGGGCUGGUAUGACGAUAGGAUGUUAUUUUAUUCUUUAUUAUUAAUGGUGGAUCAUCAUAAGAUCAUCGUCAUUGUAUGCUGUUUUCAUUCCUAGCCAUCCUCCUGUGCCUCGCUCCGCGCUGAAUCAAACACUUCUAUAGCCAAACGGGGACUUACGGUGACAUGACUGUAAGGCCAAUUCACCAACCCCAAGUGCGUCCCGCUAUUUUGAGUAAAAUGUCAAAACGACGGGGGCUGUAGCGUAAUUUCUGCACAGCGCAUUGUUGUGAAUGAGGGACAGGGUGACGUCAGCGCUCGAAUGUCAACAAUGUAGCUCCUGGGAGAAGGCGUUUCAUAAUCGAUACAAACAGCAGAGGAGGCUGCACGCUGUCUUUCAAAGGGACAAAAACCGCAACAUUCACUAUUCAGCAAUUGUAAUAGUGUAACCACACUUUUACACGUUAUAAAACUAAAUAUUGAUGACUAUUGAAAAACACGCGGUUUCAGCAGUUUGGAGGGGGUGCUGCUGAAGUCACCAUGUGGAACCAUUCUAAUUUGUAAGAGACCAACGGAGCGCUGACGUGCAAGAAAACGGGAAAGUUACGGACGUGAGCAGGAUGUCUGCGGAUGAGGGGGCUCAUGCCCACGUCAGGUCCGGGGAUGCUCCCAUGUACGUGUAUGAGUCGACGGUGCACUGUGCCAACGUGCUGCUGAGUCUGGAGGACCAGCGGCGGCAGGACAUUCUGUGUGAUGUGACGGUGGUGGUGGAGGGGACGGAGAUCAGGGCCCACAGGGCCGUCCUGGCAGCCAGCAGCAGAUACUUCCUACAGGUGCUGCUGGGACACACACACCCCGAGCAGGAACCAAUCAUCAGCCUGUCUGACAAGGUCACAGCCAGGGGGUUUGCCCCGCUGCUACAGUUUGCCUACACAGCCAAGCUGGUUCUGAGCAAAGAGAACAUCCAUGAGGUGAUCCGCUGUGCUGACUUCCUAGGCGUUCACAACCUAGAGGACUCCUGCUUCCGCUUUCUGCAGGCUCAGCUGCACAGCGACACCGCUGAUCACAACAAUGGCCUUCUCUGCCGCAAGGAGUUGCCACCGUCGGCGCACACUGAUGACCUCAUCACAGAGAUGGACGGUAGUGGUGGUUCUGCAUCGUCGGAGAAGCUCAGGGUGAUGUCAUCAUCAGCGACGAGGCGGCGGCCCAAUCACUCAACCCUCUCGUCCCUCACCAGCAGCCUGACCUCUGACCUCCCACGAUGCCCCAAAUAUAGGAAGUACCAGCGGGCCUACGCCAAGCACAGCGAAGAGAAUGACGACGAUGACAGCGUCACCUCAGCCGCCUCGUCACACUGCCAUACCUCAACCUCCCCAGGCCCUCUCUCAGAGACCAGCAGCACCCGUCAAGGGGGACAACCUCACCCCCUCUCCCCCUCCAGAAUCAAAGAGGAACCCCACCCCUGGGGCGAGGGAGAGGGGAGUCCCCCAGGACUGUCAGAGGAUAGCCAGGAUGUCCUGGAGAUGGAGAUGGGGCCGGAGCCCUCAGAGCGUCCCCCCAGCAGAGGCUCACCAUCCUGCCUGAGCUCUUACCUCCAGAGGGGCCUCCUGGAUCUCAGUAACCCAGACAGCACUCUACCUACCACUCCUCUCACCCAGCAGCUACUGAACAACGAACUCUCAUUAGCCCAUAACAGGGAUAGGGACAGGAACAGGGGGGCAUUUCAAGGUGAGGGUGGAAGGGACCUCAGGGCUGUGUCUGCAGGGACAGUGCAUUCGUCUGUGGAUGGCGUGACCAUGCAACCUAUGCCCUCAGACGGACUCAGCAAACAGGAAGUAGAGUUGGAUCGCCGUAGCAGCGUCAUCUUCUCCUCCGGAGUGUGCGACCGCCUGGGAACACCGUCUCAAUCCUACUGCGACCGGAAGUCUCUGGAAAAAGAUCUGUUGGAGAUCACAUCAAAAUCCCUGUGGACAGGUGUUAGUCAGUCCUUCCCCUGCCGCCAGCCUUACUCUCCCCUAUCCUCCUCCACCUCCUCUACCACCCUCACCACGGCCCUCCAGGACCCCCUGCCGACCGUGGCCUGCCGAGGGCAACCCACCACCAGCUGUCCUCUGCCCAUAAAGAUUUCCCCCCGCUCCCCUCCAUGCGAGCCCCGCACACGCACCUCCAGCUCCUGCUCAUCUUUCUCCUACCUGGAGGACGUGGGCAGCGGGGACUCGCCCUCCAACUUGCCCCAGUUUGAGUUCUCCUCCUCCCCAUGCUCUGUGUCGGGCUCUGGCCUGGCUCGCUGUCUGGUGGGGGAGCAGAGGGAGCACGGUGGGAUGGUGGUGGGGGAAGCCAUCUUCUCUCAGGGCCGUGCCAAGAUCAAGUGUGAACGUUCGUACGGGGCCAACUCCAGUGAUGAAUCUGGGUCCUUCUCAGAGGGAGACAGUGAGUCCGGCCCUGCCAGAGAGCCAGGCCCUGAGGUCAAACUUCCAUUCCCGGUGGAUCAGAUCACCAACCUUCCCCGUAACGACUUCCAGAUCAUGAUAAAGAUGCACAAACUGACCUCAGAGCAGCUGGAGUUCAUUCACGACAUCCGGCGGCGCAGUAAGAACCGCAUCGCUGCCCAGCGCUGCCGCAAGAGGAAGCUGGACUGCAUCCAGAACCUGGAGGUGGAGAUACGCAAAUUGGUGCAUGAGAAGGAGAAGCUACUAAGUGAGAGGAACCAGCUGAAGGUGUGUAUGGGUGAGCUGUGGCAGAACCUCUCCUACCUGUCCCAGGCUGUGUCCCAGGAGGUGUGCAGGGAGGUGCAGGGGAACCCCGAGAAGACCAAAGUCCUGCUCCCUACACACAGGCCCAGCGAUCCCACCACUCCCACCACUCACAGCCUCUCCAUCAUGGCCAGCAUCGACCUCACCUCCAACCCAGGCUCCCCAACCUCAGAGGGCAGCCUGGCCAAGUCACCCUGCUCCUAUGAAAGCCCUGUGGAGAGAGAUGUUGGCUCUGGGCAGAGGCUUAGGAGGGGGCAGGGCGGUGUGGAGACAGAGGUGUCUGUCCUGGGGCAGGAGGACCCUGAGUCUUUCCUAGAGCCUGGAGCAUCUCCGGGUGUGUGUAGCCCCACUGUUUCGGUGGAUUUCUGUCAAGAGAUGACUGAGAAAUGCACGACAGAAGAACAGCCCGGACAGGUCUGUACCUAGCUAGCAACGACUGAAUAGCUAGCAACCAUUUGUCUUUUUAUUGUUAUUAUGACACACAUCUCUACCUUGAUAUGUAUAAAGUUUGAAAUACAUUUGUUAUCUGUGUUUUUUAAAGGAUGACACUACAGUUGUCUUAUCAGCAAUACUGUUAAAACAGGUAUUUGGAGUUAUCAAACUCCUUAAGACAUAGCACUGGCAGCUUCCCCUUCUAUCUUUAUCUCUCCACCCAGCUAGCACAUUUAAUUCCUUGGAAGAUGUGGGAAUGUAUGUUUUUGGUUUCACAUUCGUUGUGGGAACGAAGCCAUACGUUUCCUGACUGGUAAAACUGAACGUUUUUUAAACAAGAACAGAAGGGAACAUUUAGCCUGUUCUGGGAAUGUUUAUUUUUAGGUUGCAGGGAGGUUCUGAUAACUUUUUACUGUGGUUCCUUGAACGUUUUCCUGGGAGAUUUUAUUAACACUCUGAGAACAGAAAUGAUAGGUUAUUUGGAGGUUUUUGAAUGACCAUUAAAACUUUCAUUAAGAUGUUUAAUAACACUGCUAGCUUAUUUUGUGUUAACUUUUUUGAACUCCAAGCACAGAUAAGACACAUGGAAAUGUAUUUCCUUAGGCAUUAAUCAUGCAAACGCAAUUAUAUUUUAUUGUGACACGGCAUCAGUGACAUUCAAACCUUUAGUCUUCUGUUCUCUAUCCAUGGAAUUAGUCCACUGCACCACCAGGAUGGAGCUAGCAUGCCAUGUUUUUUACGCAUACAAAACUGUUCAUUUUUGUCUAUUCAAACAGACCCUAUUUCAAGGAAAACAAGCGAUCAUUAAGAUCAGGUGUGGCCGAUAAGUGGGGGCAGUUAACACACCUGAACACGCUUAACAAGAUAGAGGAUAGAGAGAGUUUUGUUGUUGCUGAGAACGGAAUGUGUAUGUUUACGUGUAUAUGUUACUAAAGUUUUCUUGUGGUUUUUAUGGAAAGUUUUCUUCACCUUCUGAGAAUGGAAUGUAUGUUUUUAAAUAACAUUCUUAGAACGUUCUCUGAACGUUACUGAAGUUUUCUUAUGUUUUUUUUUAAUGGAAAGUUUUCUUAACGUUUUCUGAACAAUUUGAGAACAUGACUUUAAAUAGAACCAUGAGGAAACCUGUAGGAAACGUUAUACUGAAGUACCGAAAUUCCCACAGAAGAACAUUGUUUCUUAACGUUCUCUGAACAAUUUGAGAACAUUCCCAAUGUCAAACCAGUUGGAGAAUGUUCCUAGAACAUUACCAAAAUUGAAAUUAAAUGUAACCACGUUUGAAGUUUUAGGAAACGUUCUCUUAAAGUAAUGAAAUACCAAUAAAAUUACUUAUUGUCAAGUUCCUUAAAUCUGCUGAGAAUGUUCCAAAGCCAAGCAACUAUUAUGCACCAUUCCCAUAAAGUUGUGGAAAGGUUGUAUGCAAAAUAACCAUAGGACAACCACGCUCUCACCAAGCUCUAAGAAGCAUAUGGUUCUCAGAACGUUAUGUGCUAGCUGGGUAUAUAUUUCUCUCUCUCUCUCCCUCGCUCACUCCCUGGCUCUCAUCAUGGGAGGAUAAACUCAGGAAUUCCUCUGAAUGUUCAAUAAUGUCUCUGUAAAAAGCUAUUUCAUUACAAAUUGUACAUCUGAAGAGUUCUUCUGUACAGCUGAGAGUAGAAUUAACUCUCAUAUGCAAAGUUUCCUUCAGUUCUUAUUUCUCACUUUCUUUUCCCUGCAUACAUGUUUUUUAUGAACAUUCCUCUUUUGCCUGUGACACACAGUAGCAUCUGUUGUGAAAGAAAGAAAGAAAGAAAGAAAGAAAGAAAGAAAGAAAGAAAGAAAGAAAGAAAGAAAGAAAGAAAGAAAGAAAGAAAGAAAGAAAGAAAGAAAGAAAUGCAGGAAUCAUCAUACUGUAGCUAAAGAUGGAAAUGGGAAUAAAUAAAAAUGUACUGCACCAUUCAGCACCUCAAAGAGGUAACAUAUCCUUACCAAAUGCAUUGAAAUUGGCACUUAGAAAUUAAAACUCCCAAGCCAAGUACUUACUAAACUUAUAUUCAACAAAUAUUAAUGGUGUCAAAGACUAUCAUACUUAUCUGAACCAUAUUGCGCUUUUAGGGGUAGAAAUGUACCUUCCCACAUGUAGUGAAAAUGUAGUAUUUCGUCCUGAGGUAUUUCCACGUACAUUUAGUGUAAAUCAGAUGUAUUAAAGUAUUGGGACGUAAGUGGAAGGCACCACAUAUUCCUUGUUUGAUAAUCCAUGUAAAUUCUUAAACAUACGAGUGCAAUUUAUCCUCGAAACUUGUCCAGUAUUCCUAAUGGUGUAUUAUCAAGUGAAAUGUUAAAAACGAAUUCAAAGAGAUGCUUAGAUAGUUGUUGAUCCAUGGCAAUGCCAAAUGAUUCCAUUGUGGAAGAUAGUUCUGUAGCAUGUGUCAGGGUUAGCUUAGUGGUUUCUUUGUUGUUUUCUCUAGGAACUUUCAAAUGUCACAUUCGGGGAAUCUCAUUGGCAUCCGUUAGUUUUCCUCACAGUAGAAAGUACCAAUGACAGAGCUCCACAGAAUGUACUGUUACUCUAACUACAUUGAAUAUACUUAUCACCCCAUUUUGAUAUUUUUGAAUUUAGAAAAGAAAUAUGAACAUGUUGUUAAAUUAAUUUAUUUUAACAAUGUUUCUAUGAGGAUUAUUUGUUGGUACAAAUGUAAACUUCCUAAUAUUGAUUCUAGUGAUUUUUAAUGGUUGUUGUUUUUACUGACAAUUUGGAUGAAAGACAAGUCUUUUGUGUGUUGUAUAAUUCACAAUGUCCUUAUUUAGUACAAAUUAAGCGAUGGUUUAAAAGAGGUGAAAGUGUUUACAAAAGUUUUUGUUACAUGUUUUAGUUUUUUAAGGAUUUUUCCAUGACAAGAGACUUUGCAUAAUUGGUUCGAUAAGUUCGAUUUUUUUAACUGUUUUUAAAUUGGAACAUAAAAUUGUAAGUGGAUGAUGUGUUCACACAAGAUUUUAAAAGUACAUGUUUGACAAAUGCAGCUCCAAGUCUUGCCUUAGAGGUUUCAGAGGCCAAACUCAUGUGAAAGGGAACGGAAGGUGUCAAUUUAAAACCAUACUGUGGGAAAAUAACAUUCUGUCCGUACCAUGAAACAUGAUUGAUUUGAGUACAAACAAAUUGUUUACUUGUUGGGGAAAAACAUAAUUGCAUUUUUCUUUUAAUGUGCAUUAACAAUGUUAUUUUUUCCACAGUAAAGGUUUGAUUGAAUCCCAGCCUGAGUGUAUGCGGAGGUCAUGCCUCGUUGGAACAUAAUGGACUCUCACACUUAUCUACCUGUAAAAUUCGGCAUACCUCUCAUUUUGGGUCUAGGACUGUAUUGUAGGAAUAAGUUGUAUGUGGUGUUGUUUCUAUUUUUACACACACAGUGGUUAUUAUUGUAUUUGUAGAUUUUUGGUGAUCCAUUUUUUAUGUGUAAUUUGAGUAAACUGCAAAACUGCAGAUUCAGCUGUUUCACUUUCCCCAUUUUAUCUUUGAAUGUUCAAAUUGCCUGAGUUUGCUAUAUUGUAAAUAGGGUGUAACUGUGUUUUUUGUUAAUUUGAUAUCCAAGUGUUUUGGAAGAAGAAACAAUGUUUUGUAAAGACAACAUUUCUGUUUAUGGAUUAAAACAAAUAGCAUGUGUCAA